AUGACUGUCAAGAUUACCCCGAACCCUGAUCUUGAUGAGGUCCGCCAGGUCAUAGCAGACUACAUCCAAGAAUUGUCGGACAAGCUGUGGACAUUGAACAAGCAGAUCCACGAUGAACCCGAGAUUGCCUUUGAAGAGUUCAAAGCCCAACAGCAUAUCUCGGCCUUCCUCCAAUCUCAAGGUCACCAGGUACAACGAGGAGCAUACAACCUUCCCACCGCGUUCGAGUCGACACAUGGAGUUGGCGGCAGAUGCGUCAACUUCAACGCUGAAUAUGAUGCCCUCCCAGGGCUUGGCCACGCUUGCGGACACAACUUGAUCGCAACGGCUGGUGUCGCUGCCUACCUAGCCUUGUCGUUUGUCAUGGAUAAGUACAGCAUUAAGGGUAGGACGCAACUACUGGGCACGCCCGCUGAAGAGGACGGCGGAGGAAAGGUCCUGCUCCUCGAUGCAGGGGCAUACAAAGAUUCCGACGUUUCCUUGAUGAUUCACCCCAUGAUUGAAGCCGACUAUCAACACCAGGGCACAUUUGGUUCGGCCGGUCCCUCUUCCAUCGCCGUCACAGACUUAGUCGCCGAGUACAAAGGGUCCAGCGCCCACGCUGCCGCAAACCCAUGGGAUGGCAUCAACGCCCUCGAUGCGCUUGUAGCUUCAUACAACAACGUGUCGAUGCUGCGACAGCAGAUAAGGCCCGACGAGCGCAUCCACGGGUGCAUCAUGGAGGCACCUCGGUUCACCAACGCGAUUCCAGAUUGCACCCAGGUUAAAUACACGAUCCGCAGCGCUAGUAUGGACUCUCUAGGCAAAUUGACUAGCCGCGUGCGAAGCUGCAUCGAGGCCGGGGCAACGGCGACGGGCUGCGAGGUUGCGGUGAAAGAGAACUUUGCGUAUGCAGAUCUUUGGGUCAAUCAGGCCCUCUGCUCUCUAUUCAAGCAACAGAUGGACACUCUCGGUGUUCCCAUCUCCAUGCCUAGCGAGGGUGAAACCAUCGGCGGGUCGACGGACAUGGGUAAUGUCAGUCAAGCAGUGCCUGGGUUGCACGGUAUAAUUGGCAUUCCUACGCCUCCAGGUACGUCCAUGCAUAACCGAACUUUUGCGGAAGCCGCCGGCACUGUAGAGGCUCACGAGAGAAUUCUUGAGGCUGCCAAGGCUAUGGCUGUCACGGGGUGGUCCAUCAUGGUGGACGACAGUCUUUUUGCUCGGAUUAAAAAGGACUUUCAACAGCGUAGAUUAAAGCCAUGCAAACAGUAG